AAGGAAACGACUUCAGCAAAAGACAGGAAGAGAACAGGAGGUGCAAAACAUGUAAAAACAUCGGCACUUCAGCAGAGUUUUCACUUUAGGAAUGUCACAGAUAAGCAGUCAGAGUGUCAGUACUGGGUGUGUAAGAGAUGGAGAUUUGCCACCAAUUCUGAAAGAGGAGCAGGAAGAUGAGACGUACAUACCAAACAAGUGUGACACCUCAAUCCAUUCUAAAGAAACCUCACCCUUUCAGAGUGCCAAUAAAACGACACACACACAUCUUCCUCUGCUAGAGCGUCAGAGUCCUCAGCCAACCCAAAAUAGACCAUCUGUGCUCUGUUCCACCUCUCUGCUACCUCUGGAACACAACAGUUUUUCUCAGCUUUCACCUAAAAAGUGUGACUCAGCAUUUAAAAGUAGCAGAAAGGAGAAAGAAUACAGUUCUACUCAAAAAACUGAUCUGCCCAAAACCCCCAGUACUCAUACAAACAGUAUUAUCCAGUCCACCGUGAUAAGCUCUCUGUUGGUCAAUGGACGAUGUCGUUGGCCUGAUUGUGAUGAAGCCUUCAAAGAGUAUUCUGUUUUCCUGAAACACCUAAACAAUGGGCACAGCUGGGGAGAAAAAACAAUUGCACAGUGGAGGGUGCAGGAAGAAAGAGUGCGCCAGAUGGAGAGUCAGCUUGUACAGGAAAGACAGAAGCUCCAUGCCAUGCAGCUCCAUCUACAAUUGACUGAACACCCAAGAGCAGCUCUAUGCUGGUGGAGUCCGCUGGCACUGCCUGCACCCCCAUCUGAGGAGCCAGAUGGAAGUGUAGAAUGGGCCAUCGAUGCCACAGGGCGCCACGAAUACUGGCCCUUAGCCACCCCCCACCUACCGACAGAUUUUAUGAACAGUAUGGAAUGCUACAAAUAUGUGAAUAUCAGACCUCCAUAUACUUAUGCUUUUCUUAUUAGAUGUUCAAUACUGGAGGCACCAGAUAAGCAGAGGGCCCUGAAUGAGAUCUACAGCUGGUUCAUUCAAAGAUUCUUUUACUUCCGUCACAACACUCCCACAUGGAAGAACGCGGUCCGUCAUAACCUCAGCCUUCAUAAGUGCUUUGUGCGAGUGGAUGGAGGAAAAGGCUCAGUGUGGACUGUGGAUGAGAAGGAGUUUCAGAAGAGAAAGGGCCAGAGGAUUAACAGGGAUACUUUGAAAUGGAUGAAUCAUUUGGCUCAUCCACCCAAAGUGACUUAAGCAUUCCUGACUGCAGGCACAGAGAAACCUUCUCACACAACAUUGGUCUAGUUUUAGUCAAGUUUAUUUUUUCAUUUAAGUGGAAUCUCUGACAAUAUCAUGGAUAUAGUCAAAUGUAUGGAGUAUUUCCAAGUAUAAAAUUGCAAUUUGUUAAUUUGCAGUUGUUAAAUCCACUUUUAUACAUUUUGCUAAAUUUCAAGCAUGAAAUAAUCCUGUUUUACUAACAGAACAUUUUUUUAUUUUAAGCAUUUAUUUGUAGAAAAAAUAAAACUUAUAUGGCCGUGGAAUAAGACUAUUUGAAGCUAAAUAUGCUCAUAUUAAAGUUAUAUUUUUUACUUGCUAAGAUGUCGUUUUGUAUUCUGGUUUUUUUUUUUAUUCAUUAUUGGUGAAUGUUAGAAUAAGAGAUAUUCUCCAAAAAAAGCCAUAAGUAAAACUUGUAAUUUUGUGAUGUAAUGAUUAGAUUUGUUUAUAUUUAUUGGUCAGUUUUGCAUUAUGUUCACAUACUGACAAUUAAACAGCAAGAUUACA